CAAUGUUCAGAAUUACAACUUAGGCCUUAUACAAUCAAUAAGCUACAAAGUUAGUUAAUCGAUUCUGUGUAGUGUCAAAAAAUAAACCAGGAGUUGGUCCUUCUUAAGUAAAAUGGAUGCAUAAUUUUGAUAGGGCCAUCUGACAGACAAAUAUACAGUGAUAGAUCACACAUAUGAUGCAGUUGUUGUAGGAGCAGGUGGUGCAGGUUUAAGAGCAGCAUUUGGUUUGGUUGAGCUUGGGUUCAAGACUGCUUGUAUUUCAAAGUUGUUUCCAACUAGAUCACAUACAGUAGCAGCUCAAGGAGGCAUUAAUGCAGCUUUAGGAAACAUGACAGAAGAUGAUUGGAGAUGGUAGUGAUUAAGACAUAUCUAGGCAUGCAUAUGAUACAAUAAAGGGAUCUGAUUGGCUGGGAGACUAAGAUGCUAUUACUUAUAUGUGUAAGGAGGCACCAAAGGCAGUUUAUGAAUUGGAAAGUUAUGGUUUACCAUUUUCAAGAACUCCAGAAGGGAAGAUUUAUUAAAGAGCAUUUGGAGGAUAGAGUUUGAAAUUUGGAACAGGUGGACAAGCAUAUAGAUGUUGUGCUGUAGCAGACAGGACUGGACAUGCUAUGUUACAUACGUUAUUUGGAAGAGCUUUAGGAUAUGAUUGUAUAUUUUUUGUGGAGUAUUUCGCUCUUGAUUUAAUGAUGGACGAUUAAGGGUAAUUUAAUGUUGUUGAUUAAUAAUAAUAGAGCUUGUAGAGGAGUUGUUUGUAUGUCAAUGGCUGAUGGAUCAAUCCACAGAAUUAGAGCAGGUUAUACUGUUAUAGCCACUGGUGGAUAUGGAAGAGCAUUUUAAUCAUGCACAUCUGCUCAUACUUGUACAGGUGAUGGAGGAGGUAUGACAAUUAGAGCAGGUUUACCUAUGGAGGAUUUGGAAUUCGUUCAAUUUCAUCCUACUGGUAUUUAUGGUUCUGGAUGUUUGAUGACUGAAGGAUGCAGAGGAGAAGGUGGCAUUCUCAGAAAUUCAUUAGGUGAAAGAUUUAUGGAAAGAUAUGCUCCUACUGCAAAAGAUUUAGCUAGUAGAGAUGUUGUUUCUCGAGCAAUGACAAAAGAAAUUUUAGAAGGAAGAGGGUAAUUAUUAUAUUAUUAUUAUUUAUAGAGUUGGACCAGAAAAAGAUCACAUCUAUUUACAUCUUAAUCAUUUACCUGCUGAACUUUUACAUGAAAGAUUACCAGGAAUCAGUGAAGCUGCUAAAAUAUUUGCUGGUGUUGAUGUUACUAAAGAACCUGCACCAGUCUUACCUACUGUUCAUUAUAAUAUGGGUGGAAUACCUACUAACUUUAAAACUGAAGUUCUUAAUCAAGUUGGAGGAAAAGAUUAGGUUGUUCCUGGACUUUUAGCAGCAGGUGAAGCUGCUUGUGCAUCAGUUCAUGGUGCCAAUAGAUUAGGAGCCAAUUCCUUAUUAGAUAUAGUAGUUUUUGGUAGAUAAGCUGCUAAUCUUGUUGGUGAAAAGUGGAAACCUGGAUAGAAACAACCAGAUUUACCUAAAAAUGCUGGUGAAGCUGCUAUUGCUAGAAUUGACAGAUUAAGACAUCAUGAAGGAUCUUAAACAGUUGCUUAAGUCAGAAAAGAUCUUUAAAGAACUAUGCAGAAACAUGCAGCUGUUUUUAGAAUAGAAAAAACAUUGUAAGAGGGUGUUGAAAAAGUUAAAGAAAUCUAUUAAAGGAAAGAUGAUAUCAGAAUUAAAGAUAAAGGACUUGUAUGGAAUUCUGAUUUGAUUGAAGGAUUAGAAUUAGAUAAUUUAUUAUGUAUUUCUAUAUUUAAAUAUCAUUUUAGUGUAAGGCAAAAUGACCAUAGAAGGUGCUUUAAAUAGAAAGGAAUCUAGAGGAGCACAUGCUCGUGAUGAUUAUCCAGAUAGAGAUGAUAAGAAUUGGAUGAAACAUACUUUAGCCAGAAUCAAAGAUACUAAAUGUGGAGAUAUUGAAUUAACUUAUAGAGAUGUAUUAGAUAAUUAUAAUAUUAUUUUAGGUUAUUACUAAGACCUAAGAUCCAAAAGAAUUUGAUACCGUUCCUCCAAAAAAGAGAGUGUAUUGAA